UCGGUUUCGGUUUUCGCUUUUUUGCUUUAGUUGAGAGAAAAUCGUCGCUUAGUUAACGUCGCCCCACAAAACAACACCUCGAACGCAAAAUAAAUUUAAAGAAAUCAAUCAAUUAACGACAACAGCCCUAACUUAGUGCUGGUGUUCAUUGUAAAUAAAAAGAAAAACUAAAGUUUUUAUGUGAAAUUUUCUGUGCAUAGUUGCUGAAGGUUAAAACCGUAUAUCGAAAAAUAAGCACAUAUAUCUGUAUACCGCUAUAUAUAUAUAUAUAUACACACUCAUAUAUGUAUAUUGGUAUAUAAGAAUAUAAGAAAAGAGCUUACGAAACAAAAAUCUCGUGUACAAAAAGUCCAAUUUUUUUAACCAACAGUUUCGAAUUGUUCAAGAAACAACAACAUCAACAGCCACGAUAACAACAAACAAACAAUUUAUCUGGAUUGAAGCUACAUCGCCAGUUAUAUAUAUAUAUAUAUUUACAACUUAAAUAUAUAUAUAUAUAUUCACACAAAAUCUUAAGAAAUUUUUCAAGCACCUUUCUUCCUUCCCGAAUUCCGAAUUUUAGUGCAAUAGGAAAAUGGCCCAACCGCAAUUGCUGCAAAUCAAAUUGUCACGUUUCGAUGCCCAGCCCUGGGGAUUUCGUCUGCAGGGCGGCGUCGACUUCGCCCAGCCCCUGCUAGUGCAGAAGGUGAAUGCCGGCAGUCUAGCGGAGCAGGCUGGCCUACAGCCAGGCGAUGCUGUCAUUAAGAUCAAUGACGUGGACGUCUUCAACUGUCGCCACAAGGAUGCCCAGGACAUUGUUGUGCGCUCGGGCAACAAUUUUGUCAUCACAGUGCAGCGUGGCGGCUCUACCUGGCGUCCACAGGUUACGCCCACUGGCAACGUGCCACAGGUCAAUUCGCCCUAUUUGCAGACAGUGACGAAAACUUCUCUGGCUCAUCAUCAAACCGAUAGCCAGCAUAUUGGCUGCGGCUACAACAACUCGGCGCGUCCAUUUGCCAACGGCGGCGGCGACGGCGGCGUGAAGAGCAUCGUCAAUAAACAAUACAACACCCCGGUUGGCAUUUACAGCGAUGAAUCUAUUGCGGAAACCCUCUCCGCUCAGGCGGAGGUUUUGGCUGGCGGUGUUCUAGGUGUGAACUUUAAGAAGAACGAAAAGGAAUACCAGGCUGACCGCUCGGAGGUGUUGAAGUUCCUGCGCGAGGAGGAGACGGGACAAUCUACUCCAGAGCCGCACAGCCCGGCAAACUUCUACUGGACGCAGAGCCAUGCGAUUGGCGGCAACGAGCGACGCACGCCGCUGCCCCACAGCCAGGUGCAGCAGGGCCAUGGACAGGACGAACGCAUCGGCACCAAUUUACAGCAAAAUACGCUGGCGCCGGCGGCCACGCAUCGACCCAGUCUGCCCGUUGCCAAGCCCCAGCAGCAACAGCAGCAGCAGCAACAGCAGGAAAAACAGCAGGAGGAGCUGCACGAUCCGCGCAUCAUUGUCAUGCCCAUAUGCCCCGCUCUGCAGGGCCCAGAGUACAAGGCCGAGAUGGAUGCUGCGGCGGCGGCACUGGCCAGCGACUCGGAUGGCGUGCGUCCAUUGUCCGCCAGCGGACAUCCGGCCUGUCAAUUGUGCGGCGUGGGCAUUGUCGGUGUCUUUGUGCGCAUCAAGGACAAGAACCUGCACGUGGAGUGCUUCAAGUGCGCCACCUGUGGCACCUCCCUGAAGAACCAGGGCUACUACAACUUCAACAACAAGCUCUAUUGCGACGUCCAUGCCAAGAUGGCCGCCCAGGCGCAUCCGCCACCUGGCACCGAGGGCUAUGUGCCAGUGCCCAUUAAGCCGAAUACCAAGCUGAGCGCCAGCACGAUUUCUUCGGCCUUGAACUCGCACGGCUAUGGCAGCAAUGGCUACGCCAAUGGCAAUGCCACGCCCACUCCGGCACCGGUCAACCAGGGCUAUGCCCGUCCCUAUGGCGCCUCUCAGGCGCCAGCGGCAGCGCCCAAGUCUCCGGUGCCGGUCUCCUAUCCACCUCAGCAGCAGCAGCAGCCGCAGCAGCAGCAGCGUCCAGGUGGCAAUGCCUACGCCACUUUGCCACGCUCGAAUGUUGGUCAACAAGAAUUGGAGGCGGAAGGCUUGCAGCCGCAAUACGAGGAGGAAUGCUACGAGGAGGACGUUGAGGUUGCCAUGGCAGCCAGCCGUCGUUCGCAUGGCAGCAGCUUCUCGUGGCCGCCGCCACAGGAUGAAAGUCAUACGGCACCAACCGCUGCACCACUCUACAUAGCCCCACCCGAAACGCAGCACGUGGUGGUGGCCAACCCAGUGCAGGAGGUGCCGCCACUGCCGCCGGGCCGCGCCAGUUCGCGCCUCGAUCCGCAGCCGCAGGAGCGACCUCAAGCGAAUAAGGCGGAGCAGCCUUCGCAGGCUCCGCAGGCUGCGCAGUGGCAGAGCUACUCGGCGCCGCAGCUGACGCAGCAGCGCGUGCAGCAGACUCAAAUGGAGCAAGAGUCGAGCUCGGACAGCUAUACGUCCACAUCGACAACCACAACAACCACCUCGGAGGAGUAUCAGCGCAUGUACGCCGCCCAGCUGCAGGCCUAUCAAAUGCAGCAGGCGUGCUACGAGCAGUCGGGCUCUGAGCUGGACUACCAGUUGGACCAGGACGCGCAGGAAUAUGCCUCGGGCAGGCGCAGUGCCCAGGAGUGCGUCGACUCGCUCUCAGCGCCAUUGAGCACCUACAAGCUAAUCGAUAUGGUAAGGGAGGUGACACCCAGUCCCGUGUCUACUCCAGCUCCUGGUGCAGCUCCUGCUCCUGCUCCUGCUGUCGCUCCACCUGCUCGUCACGUGGCGUUCAACGAUGAGCCAGAGAUCAAGGAGCUGCACACUGAGCUGGAGACGAUACCCGAGUCGGCCGAAGACCGCGAGGGCCUCAUCAUUGAGCAGCGCUGCCAGAUACUCGAGAGCGAGCGCAUGUUCCAGGCCACGCCAGAGAUUAAGAUCGAGAUAGCACCCGUGCGUCAGCGGCCACCACCCUCCAAGAUACCCAAUCCCAUGCCCAAGGAAUGGAUCAACCCCAUGAUUCGUGUGCUUACCACAGCGCCGGAGGUGCCUUUCCACCUUGUCGAGUGUCCGUUCCCCAAGCCUUGCGACGAUAACUUCGAGGCGGAGGCAGCUGCUGCCGACGAAGCAGCCGAGCAGGCAGCUCAACAAGCUGCAGUUGCUCCACCUCCACCGCCACCUCCGGCUCCGGCUCCAGCAUCUGCACCGGCUCCUGCUGUCGCUCCCGCUGCUGCUGUGGAUGCCUAUGCUGUUCAGCUGUUGCGCGAGUCUCCGCCACGUGGCAAUCGACUCAGUCAGGCUAUGGCCACAGCGCCGGAGUUUCCAGUUCGCUUCGCCCCGCCAGCAGCCGAAGGCGUUCCACUACCCGAAGAAACAGUACCCUAUAUGCCACCGCCCAUGGAUAUGAAGCCGUACAUGCGCGAAGAUUAUCGUCCAAAGAGUCCGUUCGUGAACGCCUUGACCACCGCCCCGGAACGGCCCUUCGAGGGUCACUUCGACCGGGACGUUCCCAUCCACAUGAUAGACCUGCCCACACCCAAGGAGCACCUGAGCAUGUGCGACGCACUGUGCACAGCGCCCGAACGUGGUUAUACCCCACUCAAUCCCGAGAACGCGACGCAGCGCCGUGAGGAAGAGCAAAAACAGCAGGAGCUAAAGAAGUAUGAAUUUCAGGUGCUCGAUCAUGAAGAGGAACUGGGCAUCAAGCCGGAGCCGCCCGAGUCUGUGGAGUACUUCAAAACGCAGCCUCAACAGCAGCGCAAAUCCUCAGCAUUUGCGGCCAUGCAAGCAUUCCAGCCGUCUCGCGAGCCACUUUCCUCCAACUCCAACGCCAACACCAAUACCAACUCCAAUUCCUCCACAUCCACAACGAACACUGUCACCAGCUCCCUAACGAAAGAACAGAACGAUCUUGAGUACCAGAAGUACUGUAAGGCGCAGCAGCGCAAUCAAAAGCGACUCGACUACUUUCACAAAAAGGAAGAGGAGCUCAACCAGAAUCAAACACAGAUGAAACUUUUAGAGACUAACUCGACUAAUUUGAAUGCGAAUGCUGCGACUGCUUCGUCUAACUCCUCUUCCACAGUCCAUCAGUCCAACAACAUCAACAGCAUCAACAACAACAACAACAACAGCAACAACUCCACCUCCAACUCUGCUUACGUCGCCCAAACACAGACCCAGACUCAGGCUCAGGUCCAGUCUCAUGCCCAGGCCAGCACUCGGUCCUCCUUUUCAGCCAGCUCCAACCUGACCUCCUCCACCUGCACUACCAACCAGACAGCUGUAAAUACCGCUUGCAAACUCGAUGCCCACGAACUGAUCGAGGAAACCGCCGAGGAACUCGAGCACUCUGAGGUACUAUUCCCGCCACCAUCCCCGCUCAGCCACUUGAAAGGCAAAGCCGUGCAGUCCGGUUUGCAUAGGGCGGAUGCCAUACCCAAGUACCAGCGCAAUUGGACAGUGCUGCCCACCCAGAGCCCCAUACGCACACCGGAGCCACAAGAGCUGCGCGAGAAUGUGCCGCUUGCUUUCGUAGAUGCACCCAAGCAGCCGACGACAAGUGCCAGCUCAGAGACUGUGCACAGACCCAUUGCAAAGGUUUCGACGGCAUCGACGGCUGCUCGCGGCUCGAUUGCUUCGGUCGCUUCAGUUGGCUCGGUGGGUAAGCCAGCGGUGCAGCCGUCGGUGCCCAUCAUAAUUGAAGAUCGAUCGGGUCCAGUAACGAUGGCUUUUCAAUCACUAGAUGAAUAUGAACGGCCCGAUCAGUCGCUGACUCCUACUCGGCCGUACACGCCCUGCUCGUCCGUCUGUUCGAUGAUCAACAAGCCGGCACCCAUCAUACCCUUCUAUCAGACAGAGGAGAAGCUCUGCUUUGAUGAGUGCCCAGCUACGCAUGCGCGCGACUAUGAUCAACGUGCUGCCUCACCCUUUCCAGAUCGCGCACGCUCGCCAGCGCCUGGACCUCCACCGAAUCCGCUCUCUGCCAUACGAGCGCCACGCAUGAAGGACUCCUCGGAGUCGCAACUGCUCUCAGUCGGAGGAUCGCGUCUACAGACAGGCUCUAUCACCACGGGCCAGAGCUACCAGGGUCAGCUGUUGGCUCACUCCGAGCUCAGCUCGCAGUCGGCUAGCCAGAGCUACAGCCAGCAGCCGGAGAAGUUGACAGAGAUGCGAGUCGGCAAUGUGAAUGUGCAGCAGCGCGAGCAGUCUUCACAGCUGCAGGAACAGAAGCAAUCGCAACUCCAGAGUCAGACCAAGACCCAGAUUGGCAACACACAGAUCGAGCGCAGACGCAAGGUUACUGAGGAGUUCGAGCACACCCAGAGUGCCAAGACCAUUGAGAUUCGCACGGGCUCCAGCUCCCAGACGCAGAUAAAGUCACAGUCUCAAUUGCAAUCGCAAUCGCAGUCCCAGUUGAAGUCGCAGUCUCAAUUGCAGUCUCAAUCGCAGUCGCAGUCUCAAUCACAGUCACAGUCGGAGUCUACGGAGCGCCGCUCAUCUUACGGACGCACAGGUUUCGUGGCCAAUCAAGCCCGUCGGCUCUCUGGCCUGGAGCAGGAAAUAAGCAGCUUAACGACUCAGUCUCAGGCCAUCAGUGCACGCGCCUCGACUCUAGGCGAGAGCAACUUCCCACAGCUGCGUUCGCCCACCUUUGAGGAUAAGUUUCCUCUGAAUCCAGCUGCUGUUGAGUCAAGUGUGCCCAACUAUUCAGCAGGGUUGACAGCUGGCAACAAGCUGCUCGGACCUCCACCCGGAUUCAAGCAGCAGCAGCUUCAGCAGCAACAGCAGCAGCUGCAACAGAGGUCGGCCUUCAAGUCAACUUCUUCGACUCAGCAACAGCAGCUGACCUCAUCGCUAACAUCAGCUUCAGCAAUCACAUCCGCAUCUACAUCAACAUCUGCAUCAGCAUCAGCAUCACAAGCGUCGGCUAGUCUAACCAAAGCUUCUGCUAUUACUACCACAACUAAUAAUCAAGCCUGUGCGCAAUUCAGAGGCUCUGGAGCCGCGGGCUCCUCAUUAACAGCUGCGCUGGCCAAGCUGCCAACUGCUUCGGCGCCAAAGCCAACAACAACUACAGUUGCGCCACCCGUCUUUCCGCCCAAUCUAAGCGAGUUGAACUCUAAUGUUGAUGGUUCCACAGGUGCUGGAGGCAAGGGCGGAGCAUUCGGUGCCACCUCGGCGCCAAAACGUGGACGUGGCAUUCUCAACAAGGCCGCCGGACCAGGCGUUCGCAUCCCACUCUGCAACAGCUGCAAUGUGCAGAUCAGGGGACCCUUCAUUACGGCUCUGGGUCGCAUCUGGUGCCCCGAUCAUUUCAUCUGCGUGAACGGCAACUGCCGUCGUCCGCUGCAGGACAUUGGCUUCGUUGAGGAGAAGGGCGACCUGUACUGCGAGUAUUGCUUCGAGAAGUAUCUGGCGCCCACUUGCAGCAAAUGCGCUGGCAAAAUCAAGGGCGACUGCUUGAAUGCCAUUGGCAAGCACUUCCAUCCCGAGUGCUUUACUUGCGGCCAGUGCGGCAAGAUCUUUGGCAACACGCCAUUCUUCCUAGAGGAUGGCAAUGCAUACUGCGAGGCCGACUGGAACGAGCUAUUCACUACAAAGUGCUUCGCAUGCGGCUUCCCUGUUGAAGCUGGCGAUAGAUGGGUAGAGGCGCUCAACCACAACUAUCAUAGCCAAUGUUUCAACUGCACUUUCUGCAAACAAAACCUGGAGGGUCAGAGCUUCUACAAUAAGGGCGGACGUCCCUUCUGCAAGAAUCACGCGCGUUAAGCUCAAUCACAAAUCGUAUUGUAUAUGGCUCGACUAUGGACUUCAGGGAUUACGCACACUAACAACCAACAACCUACAAUAACCGACAUCAACAAGAACAACAACAGCACGAUUAGAAAAGCAGCAGCAGUUCUUAAUUAAGCAUUGAAGCUCAUUGAAGCAAUUAUCAAAUUGAAUUUCCUUGAUUUCCUUUAUAAUUUGUUUUCUUUGAACUGUUAUCCUAAUUUUAAAAAGAAAUGAUAGAAAAUCAAACAUUGUAAACGACACGAAAUCGAAUUAGUUUUCAACAGCAGCACCCUUAUAUAUAUAUAUAUGUAAAUGUAUAUAUAUCCGAUUAUCCACACCUUAUAUUUAUAUAUUAUUUAUUCAUUUUAACAUAAUCGAAUUAUAUGUGAAGAUUUAUGCUUAUAUAUAUAUUUGAAUGUAUUUCACAAAAGUUAUUUAGUUUCAAAUGAGAAUAAGUUGCUGUUCUCAAGCCGCGCAAAAAGGAUUUCAAAUGGCUAAAAACAAAUGUAUAUUUAUAUAUUGUAUAUCCUCAAUCAAUCAGAGCGCAAUCAGCAAAUUAUUGAACUACUUGAAAAAACUAAAACUCAACCUAUAAUUUGUAUUGUAAACCAAAUCAAGAUUAUCUUAAUUGAUUGUAUCUUGCACGAAAUUACUAUCAAUAAAUUUCGAAAUCUUUUUCGCGUUAAAUA